UUCAGACUGAAACUUUUCCACCCUUCUUCUCAGCGAGCAAGCACUCGCUUCCUCGGAUCCCUAGGUGACAUCACCUCGCGCCCCGCGACCUCUCGCCCCCUUGAUUCCCGAGAAGCUUCCCCUCGCCGUCAACGCUCCUCUCCAGGUGGUGUAACUUCCAUUUCGCUUGAUUUCGGAAUCUAUGAGGUCGCGGCGAGCCGGGCUAAGCUUAGGGUUCUGAAGAUUUUGGGGUCUUUGGUGGGUGAACGGAACAGGGAGCUUCUGUCGGUGGAUGGAGGGGAGGAUGCAGGGGAAGGUGCAGCAGCUGUCGGACUCCAACCGUCGGAUCAUGGAGGCUGAUGCGGCGCCGCCGCGGCGUGUGUACCAGGCGUGGAAAGGGAGCAAUAUCUUUUUUCUUGGAGGGCGACUUAUAUUUGGGCCUGAUGUGAGAUCACUCAUAGCCACAGUAUGUUUAAUUGUAAUCCCAGUGAUCGUCUUUGCCGCCGUUGUUCCACAACAGCUUGCCAAUGGCUACCAAAACCAAAUUGGAGGAUGGGUUGCAUCUGUAUCUAUCAUCUUUACAGCAUAUAUUCUUGUUCUUCUACUUCUCACAUCUGGCCGUGAUCCUGGAAUUGUUCCUCGAAAUGCCCAUCCUCCAGAACCUGAAGACAUUGGUGAAUCCUCCAACUUAUCAGAUUGGCCAGGUGGUCAACAUGGCUCGGCUGGUUUACCACUCACCAAGGAUGUUGUUGUUAAUGGUGCUAUAGUUAAGGUCAAAUAUUGCCAUACAUGUAUGCUUUAUCGUCCACCAAGGUGCUCCCAUUGCUCAAUCUGCAACAACUGUGUCGAACGUUUUGAUCAUCACUGUCCUUGGGUAGGCCAGUGCAUUGGAAAGAGAAACUACCGCUUCUUCCUUAUGUUUGUAUCUUCAGCGACUGUGCUAUGCAUUUUCGUGUUUGCAUUCUGCUGGGUGAACAUCGGGAAAAUAAUGGACACACAUGAUUGCAAAUUAGGCAGAGCUAUUCUGAAGUCGCCCAUCUCCGCCAUUCUCAUGUUAUACACAUUUAUUGCUGUGUGGUUUGUUGGAGGAUUGACCUCAUUCCACCUCUACUUGAUUUCCACCAAUCAGACUACUUAUGAGAACUUCCGGUACCGCUACGACCUGAGAACCAAUCCUUACAACCGUGGAUUGGUUCAGAAUUUUGUCGAGACCUUAUGUUCAAGGAUCCCCAGCUCCAGAAAUAAUUUCAGGGCAAAAGCUAAGGAGGAUUCUGCAGCCUUCACCUCAUCACUUAGCAUGGGACGGGUCCUAAGUCCACCGAAGAUGAGCGUGGACCUUGAGAUGGGCACAAAAAGGCAAGCUGUAGCUGCGGAAGACAUGGAGGACAUACACAGCCAGAUUGGCAGUUCUAUGAGGCUUGAACAAUGCGGCACGGAACCCCCACAUUUGGUCGGUCGGAAGGGUUGCUCUGAAAUUGCUUCUGACAUAGGGACAUUCGCAGAAGAGUUUGGCAUGGAGGGCAGGUUCGCUGAGAGGAAAAAGAUCGAAAUGCACACAAAUGAUAAUCCUUAGGCUCUUGUCUCACAAAUGCCCCCUUAACCUCAUGUCGACCUUCAUCCCUUGCUCAGAGCGGUAAAUCUUCACAAAGAAGAAGAAAUAUGUAGGACAAAUGGUAGAACAGAUAUUCGCUAUUUUGGCUGAACUUAGAUGCUAUUUGUAGAUUAAGUGGCUGGUAAUAUUGGCAUGAUGAACCUGGACAGUUUCACUGGCGCCAUCUUUGUUUAGAAUGUGUUGCACUGUUAGUGAUACCUGUUAGUUCAUUUGUUGUAGGUUAUGUAUGUGUGUGUGUGGCACAGUUAUCACUGAUCUACUGAAGUUGUAACUUGUAUCAUUAACCUCGCAAGUGUAUUCUAUUGAUCAAUUAUCUGUGUUGGCUUUCUACUAA